AUGUCCGGAGAAGGAUUCAACAGCGCCCCCGAUAACGUAGGGUUCUCGGAGAACCAGAAUGUCCCUCUCCUCCACAAAUCUUUUUCCAAUUUCUCGCAUCACACGUCGACGGUUACUUUUGUCAUCACUGCUAGCUCACUCUCUCUCGAGAAAUUGCAGAAGUUACCGAAAAAAAAAAAAGAAAAAAACCCAAAUCUCAGAGAUUGCUGUACUCGCAUGUUCAUCGCAGGUUUCGAGAUUUCGGACGAAACCCAUUUCGAGAUUGGGAAAUCCUUUGACAUUUUGGCGUUUUAUUGGAGUGUGCGAAGUGACCGAAAUUUGGGUUCCCAUGUCUGGGUCGAGGACCCAGACAUUGCCUGGGUUGAUGGGCAAGUGACAAAGAUAAAUGGGAAGGAAGUUGAAGUUCAAGCAUCUAACGGGAAAAAGAUUAUUGCUAAAUUAGCUAACAUAUAUCCCAAAGAUGAGGAUGCGCCUGCUGGUGGAGUGGAUGACAUGACAAAAUUAUCAUAUCUGCAUGAGCCUGGAGUCCUUCAGAACUUGGCAACAAGAUACCAACUGAAUGAAAUAUAUACAUAUACUGGUGGCAUUCUUAUUGCCAUUAAUCCAUUUCAAAGGCUUCCUCACUUGUAUGAUAGUGGCAUGAUGGAGCAAUACAAGGGAGCCCCGUUUGGGGAACUUAGUCCUCACGUGUUUGCUAUUGCCGAUAUGGCUUUCAGGGCAAUGGUUCAUGAGGGAAAAAGUAACUCAAUAUUGGUGAGUGGAGAAAGUGGUGCCGGUAAAACAGAAACCACUAAGAUGCUUAUGAGAUACCUUGCUUAUCUUGGUGGCCGUAAAGGAACCGAAGGUCGGACGGUAGAACAACAAGUUCUUGAGUCAAAUCCAGUUCUUGAAGCAUUUGGAAAUGCAAAAACUGUCCGAAACAACAAUUCAAGUCGUUUUGGCAAAUUCGUGGAAAUUCAGUUUGACAAGCAUGGAAGAAUAUCUGGAGCAGCCAUCAGAACAUAUCUUCUAGAGAGAUCUCGUGUCUGCCAAAUUUCAGACCCUGAACGCAAUUAUCACUGUUUCUACCUCCUUUGUGCAGCACCACAGGAGGAAAUCGAGAAGUAUAAGCUGGGAAAUCCAAAAACAUUCCACUAUCUGAAUCAAUCCAACUGUUUUGAACUCGUUGGUAUUAGUGAUGCCCAUGAUUAUUUGGCUACAAGGCGUGCCAUGGAUAUUGUUGGGAUAAGUCAAAAGGAGCAGGACGCAAUUUUCAGAGUAGUGGCAGCUAUUCUCCAUCUCGGUAAUAUUGAAUUUGCUAAAGGGAAGGAAAUUGAUUCAUCUGUUCUGAAGAGUGAUCAGGCGAAAUUCCAUCUUCAGACAGCAGCCGAACUUCUCAUGUGUGAUCUUAAAGCACUUGAAGAUGCAUUAUUGAAACGUGUGAUGGUCACUCCAGAAGAAGUUAUUAAGAGAAGUCUCGAUCCUGAUGGUGCACUAGUUAGUAGAGAUGGUUUGGCUAAAACAAUUUAUUCUCGUUUGUUUGACUGGUUGGUGGACAAGAUAAACAACUCGAUUGGCCAAGACCCAACUUCAAAGUCUCUAAUUGGAGUUCUUGAUAUAUAUGGUUUCGAGAGUUUUAAAAAUAACAGUUUUGAGCAGUUUUGUAUUAAUUUCACGAAUGAAAAGCUGCAGCAACACUUUAAUCAGCAUGUGUUCAAGAUGGAGCAGGAGGAAUACACGAGAGAAGAGAUCGAUUGGAGCUACAUAGAAUUUGUUGAUAACCAAGAUGUCCUAGAUCUUAUUGAAAAGAAACCUGGAGGUAUCAUUGCCCUUCUUGAUGAGGCCUGUAUGUUCCCAAAAUCGACACACGAGACAUUUUCGAACAAGCUUUACCAGACCUUCAAAGUUCACAAGCGUUUUAUCAAGCCAAAAUUGUCCCGUACGGAUUUUACGAUUGCUCAUUAUGCUGGAGAGGUCCAAUACCAAUCAGACCAAUUCUUGGACAAAAACAAAGAUUAUGUUGUUCCCGAACAUCAAGACUUGUUAAGUGCUUCCAAAUGCUCGUUUGUAGCAGGACUAUUUCCUCCACCACCUGAAGAGACAACAAAAUCCUCUAAUAAAUCUUCUAAGUUUUCAUCAAUAGGGUCUCGCUUUAAGGUGCAACUGCAACAGUUGAUGGAAACCCUGAAUUCUACAGAGCCUCACUACAUCAGAUGUGUGAAGCCUAAUAAUCAGCUCAAACCUGCUAUUUUUGAGAAUGUCAACGUCAUGCAGCAACUUCGUUGUGGUGGUGUUUUGGAGGCAAUUAGAAUCAGUUGUGCCGGUUAUCCAACUCGCAAGACUUUUUACGAAUUCCUCCAUCGAUUUGGUCUUCUGGCACCUGAGGUCUUGGAAGGAAACAAUGACGAAAAAGUUGCGUGCAAAAAGAUUUUGGACAAGAUGCGCCUUGCAGGAGCUCAGAUCGGAAAAUCGAAGGUUUUCCUGAGAGCUGGCCAGAUGGCAGAUUUGGAUGCUCGUCGGGCACUAAUACUUAGUAACGCGGCAAAGACCAUACAAAGAAAGACCAGAACACAUAUUGCUCGAAAACACUUCCUUGCCUUGCAGAAGGCUGCAGUUUGCAUGCAAUCCACUUGUCGAGGAAGGCUUGCUUGCAAACGAUAUGAUAAUCUUAGACGGGAAGCAGCUUCCAUUAAAAUUGAGACAAAGUGGAGAGGACACUUGACGAGGAAGAACUACACGAAGCUCAAGGACUCGGUUGUUGUUCUGCAAACGGGCUUGCGGGCCAUGGCUGCCCAUAUGGAUUUCAGAUAUAAGAAACGAAGUAAAGCAGCUACUUUAAUGCAGGCCCGGUGGCGUGGUCAUAGGGAUCGGUCGUACUACAAGAGACUCAUAAAGGCAUCGAUUGUGACACAAUGCAGAUGGAGGGGAAGAGUUGCUAGGAGAGAGCUUCGGAAAUUAAAAAUGGCCUCAAGAGAAACUGGUGCACUUAAAGAAGCAAAGGAUAAGCUAGAGAAGCAAGUGGAAGACCUUUCACUACGCUUGCAGCUAGAAAAACGCCGCAGGAAUGAAUUGGAAGAGGCAAAGGAGGGAAAAGUGCAGGAAAUAGCAAAAUUACAGCAGGCCUUAGAAGGCAUGCAAAGCAAAUUGGACGAAAGUAAUGCUCUGCUUGUUAAAGAACGUGAGGUUGCUCAGAAGGCAAUUGAAGAAGCUGCCAUUGUUAAAGAAACCCCAGUUCCUGUUGAGGAUACUGCCAAGAUCGAGGCUCUUACAGCCGAAAUGGAAAAACUGAAUGAUGUGUUGCAAUCAGAAAGACAACGAGCUGAAGAGGCUGAGAGGAAAUAUGCGGAGGCCAUGGAAUCAAAUGAGGGUAAGGGCCAGAAGUUGGACGAAACUGAAAAAAGAGUUCAUCAGCUUCAGGAAUCUUUAAGCAGGCUUGAAGAAAAGCUGACUAACGUUGAAUCAGAAAAUAAAGUUCUUCGGCAGCAGGCUCUGGCCAUGGCCCAGAAUAAUAAAUUGCUAUCCAGGAAUUCCAGAUCAAUAAUGCAGAGGGUCGAAAGCACAAAAACAACCGUCGAUUUUCAUAGUCCUUCAAUGAACAUGAGAGACCAAUCAGAAGUUGAUGAUAGGCCUCAAAAAUCUCUCAACGAGAAGCAACAAGAGUAUCAAGAUUUGCUCAUCCGUUGUGUUGCCCAGCAUCUCGGCUUCUCAAAAGGUCGACCAGUUGCCGCUUGCAUUAUUUACAAAUGUCUGAGGCAGUGGCACUCGUUUGAAGUCGAGCGGACGAGCAUUUUCGACCGGAUAAUACAAACCAUCGGCAACGCUAUAGAGACUCAGGACAAUAAUGAUAUCUUGGCAUAUUGGUUAUCAAAUGCCUCGACUCUACUGCUUUUGUUGCAACUCACGCUGAAAGCUGGGGCAGCUGCCGGGACUGCCCCACAACACCGCCGUUCGCCAUCGGCCACUUUGUUCGGGAGAAUGACACAGAGUUUUCGUGGGAGCCCUCAUGGCGUAAAUCUUUCAUUACUGAAUGAUGAUUCAGCUGGUACUUUACGGCAAGUAGAGGCAAAAUACCCUGCAUUACUGUUUAAACAGCAACUGACAGCUUAUGUGGAGAAAAUUUACGGAAUGAUUCGCGAUAAUCUAAAGAAAGAGAUUUCUCCACUUCUUGGGCUAUGCAUUCAGGCUCCAAGAAUAUCCCGAGCAAACUUAGUUAAAGGAUCAACAGCUCGUGCUUUAGCAAAUGCAGCCGCACAGGAAAUUUUGAUAGCUCAUUGGCAAGGAAUAGUGAAAAGCCUCGGGAAUUUUCUGAACACACUGAAAACGAAUCACUAUGCAGGUACAUCCUGGGAUGAGCUCAAGCAUAUAAGACAGGCUAUCGGAUUCCUGGUCAUACAUCAGAAGCCAAAGAAGACAUUAGAUGAAAUAAGUCAUGAUCUAUGCCCUGUCCUCAGUAUCCAGCAGUUGUACAGAAUCAGCACUAUGUACUGGGACGACAAAUAUGGCACGCAUAGUUUAUCACCAGAUGUAAUAUCCAACAUGAGAGUGUUGAUGACAGAAGACUCGAAUAACGCUGUUAGUAGUUCUUUCCUGCUGGACGAUGACUCAAGCAUACCGUUUUCAGUUGACGAUCUUUCCAAAUCAAUGGACCGAUUUGAUAUUUCGGAUAUUGAACCACCGCCGCUUAUUCGCGAGAAUUCGGGCUUCAGCUUCUUACUGCCACAAGCCAAUUGAUCAUAGUUAAGCAUACAUUUUUCGUCUAUAGUUUUGUUAAAUAGGCUUUCUCUACCAUUUAUAAGGGGAUUGGAUUACAAACAAAACCCAGCUAAUUUUGGAAAAUUACGAAAACACUCCAGAGGUUUCGUUCUUUGUUGAAUUUAAGGGCUUAUUGUUGUAUAUUUACGAAAUACAGAGGAGUUAUUGAAAUGCUAUUUUGCUUUAAGACGGUGGUCAUGUGAGACAACGUAUAAACCCGAGCAGGGCUACUUUCGAAUAAUGAAGCUAGAUUAGGUCUCAUUUGGUAAUUAGGUGAAAGUUCAGGGGUACCUUUUGUGAUUAACCCUUUUCUUUAUGUUCUGUCCA